UUUCUUGUUCAGAUUACUUAUAUUUUUUUAUCAUUCCAACUCACGGACAAGUUGACUAUUGAAAAGAUCUUUCAAAAUAAAUAAAAAUAUCACAUACAAAUUGACUAUUAAAAAGGGAAAUUAAUUAACAUCCCUUAAUUAUUAUUAUUUUGUGGAAGAAAACAUCCUACCUCUUCUGAUGAAUAGACUUGAAAUAUAAUUUUAAUUAUGUCUUUCUCCCCCUAUGUAUGCUUAUAUAAAGAGUCUUCUCUCUUUUCUUCAACGUUGCCAUUUUCAGUUUUCUAGUAUUUGCUUUUCAAUAAUGGCCGGGGUAAUUUUCAAGGCAUUGUUGUGGGUUAUUGCGGCAAUGGCGCUUAUAAUGGCCGAGGAGGCUCGUGCACAGCUAGUGCCUUGCUAUUUCGUUUUCGGAGACUCAGUCUUCGACAACGGUAACAACAAUGACUUGAAUACCACCGUCAAAGUUAAUUAUUCACCUUAUGGUAUUGAUUUUGCUAGAGGUCCUACCGGCCGGUUUAGCAAUGGCCGUAAUAUUCCCGACUUUAUCGCUGAACUAAUGGGAUUCAGUGAUUACAUUCCACCUUUUGCUGGAGCAUCUCCUCAACAAGCUCACACUGGUAUAAACUACGCUUCUGGUGCUGCCGGAAUUCUCGAAGAGACUAGCUACCAUUUGGGCGAUAAAAUCAGUUUUGAAAAGCAAAUAAAGAAUCAUCGGACGAUUAUAAUGACGGCGAAUGUGCCAUCCGAGAAGCUGGAGAAAUGCCUAUACACAAUUAAUAUUGGAAGCAAUGAUUAUCUCAACAAUUAUUUCAUGCAAGGUGAUAAGUACAAUACUAGUCGCACGUUCACUUACGAUCAAUAUGCUGAAUUCCUCAUUGGACGUUAUCGCUCUUAUUUAAAGUUAUUAUAUGUCCAAGGAGCAAGGAAGGUGGGGUUGUUUGGGGUCAGUAAGCUCGGAUGCACGCCGCGGAUGAUCGCCUCCCAUGGUGGUGGUCUAGGCUGCGCUGCUGAAGUGAACAAAGCUGUUGAACCAUUCAACAAGAACCUCAAAGAUCUGGUCAGUGAGUUUAACACAAACUUCAACGAUGCUAAGAUCACUUACGUUGAUAUCUUCACCAGUCAAACUCCUCUUGCGUAUGCUGCCUUAGGGUUUACAGAAACACAGAAGAGUUGUUGUACGGUCGAAUCAGGGGAAGAACUAUGUGCGGCAAAUAAACCGGUUUGUGAGUUUCGAAGAAGGUACGUGUACUGGGACAAAGUCCACAGCACUGAGGCGGCCAACAUGUUUGUGGCAAAUUCUGCGUUUGCUGGAGUCACUGCUUUUCCUUAUAGCCUUGCCUUACUUGCAGUAUUAUAGGGACAAUAUACUCGAAAACAUCAUUCGCACAUAUAUAUAUUUGGGAGAUAUUGGUAAAAUAAGCCAUAGUGAGAAUACUUUUGUCUCUUUAUACAUUUGUAUUAAUUUAUCAGUUUUGGACAUAAUUGCUCUCAUGAUAACAAAAAUAAUUAUUAAAAAUUAUAUAUAUAUCAAAAAUAUGAAAAAGCAAUACCAUUAUAAGAAUAUUUUACAUAUUUUAAUGUACAAUAACUGAAAUCCAAAAAUAAUUUUGAUAUAUUGAUCUAAAUUUGUUAGGAUGUAUAUUAUAACUUUUUUACAAAGAUAAAAUAGACGUUCUAACUUAUUUUAUACGUUUAUAAUUAUAGUUCAUAUUGUAAAGUAUUCUCUAUAAUCUAUCCAAAUAUAGAAUAUGUCUAUCUCAGAUCUAACUAAAGGGUUUUGUUAUUUAUAAAAUAUAAUAUAUAUUGUAGGAUUUUUACUUUAUUAUGGAAAUACCUAGAAAUUGUUAACUUGUGUUCAAUCUUUUACUCUGUUAUGUAUUGUAGAUGAAACAGUGAGUUCAUACUUGUAUGCUAUGUUUUAAACAUGGUGGAACUUAAAUUCUAACAUUUUCUCUAUUUUUUAUCUUUUUAUAAUAUGUAUUCUAACCUUUUGUUUAUGUUCUUUUUUACAAUGUGCAUUUUAUAUUUUUGUAUAUUCUAUGUUUUUAAAUUAGAGAAAAUCUAGGAAACAAUCCUAACUGAUUUUAUUCAAACUUAUCUUGUUCAUGAUGAUAGUUGUAUUGAAUCAUGCUGAAUUCAAUUUUUUUAUUCAACGAUCUUCUUCCUUUCUUCUUCUACCAUAUCUCUUUUGAGAAAGAAAACUCGGAUGAAGACGAAGAAGAAGGAGCUGUGAUACCCGGCAUAGACAUCACUGGAGAGGGCGUCAGUGAAAACACCGGAGUGAUUGCCGAAGAAUCACCUUGGUCUACUUUCUUUGUGAGGAGAUAGAUUGUGAAGAGGCGGAAUAAAAAAAGGAAAACUCUGAAUAUAGGCCGUAAUGUGAAUAUUUUUGUCCCUUUAUACCUUUGCAUUAAUUUGUCAGUUUUGGACAUAAUUUCCCUCAUCAUAAUGAAAAUAAUUAUUAGAAAUUAUAUAAAGUUCAGAAAAAUAUGAAAAAAUCAGUACAAUCAUGAGAAUAUUUAUAUGUUUUGAUAUAAAAAAAUUGAAUUCCAAAAAAAAUUGGAUGUGUUGAUCUAGAUUUGUUAGAAUAUGUAUUAUAACCUUUUUUACAAGGAUAAAAUAGACGUUCGUUCUAACUUGUAUUCAAAACUUUAUAA